AUGUCCUCAGGAUUAAGCCUCGAACGUGCCUGCGCAGUUGCUCUGGGCAUUGUUGCCUCGGCAUCUCUUGUCGCUGCUGGGCCUUGUGACAUCUACUCCUCGGGCGGCACGCCCUGCGUCGCCGCGCACAGCACCACUCGUGCCCUAUACAGCGCCUACACCGGCGCACUGUAUCAGGUGAAACGAGGCUCCGAUGGUAGCACAACCGACAUCGCUCCUCUCUCUGCUGGGGGUGUUGCCGAUGCCGCCAUCCAAGACUCCUUCUGUGCGAACACGACCUGCCUCAUCACUAUCAUUUAUGACCAGUCCGGUCGCGGUAAUCACCUCACCCAGGCUCCGCCCGGCGGCUUUAAUGGUCCCGAGUCCAAUGGCUACGACAACCUAGCUAGUGCGGUUGGUGCACCAGUCACGCUAAACGGCAAGAAGGCGUACGGCGUCUUUAUGUCACCUGGUACCGGCUAUCGCAACAACGCUGCCAGCGGUACAGCUACCGGCGACAAGGCGGAGGGCAUGUACGCGGUCCUGGACGGCACCCACUACAACAGUGCCUGCUGCUUCGACUAUGGCAACGCGGAGGUCAGCAACACAGAUACAGGUAAUGGCCACAUGGAGGCUAUCUACUAUGGCGACAACACUGUCUGGGGAAGCGGCGCUGGCAGUGGUCCUUGGAUUAUGGCCGAUCUUGAGAACGGCCUGUUCUCUGGCCUCAGUUCUACGAACAACGCUGGCGACCCGUCCAUUUCCUACCGGUUCGUGACAGCCGUCGUCAAGGGAGAGGCAAACCAGUGGUCAAUCCGUGGCGCCAACGCUGCAUCCGGCUCGCUAUCGACGUACUAUAGUGGCGCGCGCCCAAGUGCUUCUGGCUACAAUCCCAUGAGCAAAGAAGGCGCCAUCAUUCUUGGCAUUGGUGGUGACAACAGCAACGGUGCCCAGGGCACGUUCUAUGAGGGUGUGAUGACCUCCGGAUAUCCGUCCGAUGCCACCGAGAACUCGGUGCAGGCGGACAUCGUAGCUGCCAAAUACGCCAUCGCGUCACUGACCAGUGGCCCGGCGCUCACCGUCGGAUCCUCGAUCUCGCUGCAAGUUACCACGGCUGGUUACACGACUCGCUAUCUCGCACACGACGGGUCUACGGUCAACACGCAGGUAGUCUCGUCGUCAAGCACCACCGCCUUGAGACAGCAGGCUAGCUGGACGGUUCGCACCGGCCUUGCUAAUAGCGCCUGUCUUUCGUUCGAGUCGGUUGAUACUCCCGGCAGCUACAUACGGCACUAUAACUUUGCCCUUCUUCUCAAUGCCAACGAUGGCACGAAGCAGUUCUACGAAGACGCCACGUUCUGUCCACAGGCUGGUCUGAAUGGCCAGGGCAACUCGAUUCGAUCCUGGAGCUAUCCGACCCGUUAUUUCCGCCACUACGAAAACGUUCUUUAUGUAGCCAGCAACGGUGGUGUUCAGACGUUUGAUGCCACCACUUCAUUUAACGAUGACGUGAGCUGGGUUGUCAGCACUGGCUUUGCUUAG